AGCACCAAAAAGAGAACAACACCCCUGAACCAGGAGAGUGACCGCUUUCUGCACAUCAUGCAGCAGCAUCCAGAGAUGAUCCAGCAGAUGCUGUCCACGGUGCUGAACAUCAUUAUCUUUGAAGACUGUAGGAACCAGUGGUCUAUGUCCCGGCCUCUGCUUGGCUUGAUACUACUCAAUGAAAAGUAUUUUUCUGACCUAAGGAACAGUAUCGUCAACAGCCAGCCACCAGAGAAGCAGCAAGCAAUGCAUCUGUGCUUUGAAAACCUGAUGGAAGGCAUUGAGCGGAAUCUUCUCACGAAGAACAGAGACAGGUUCACCCAGAAUCUGUCAGCAUUCCGCCGAGAAGUCAAUGACUCAAUGAAGAAUUCCACUUACGGCGUGAAUAGCAAUGACAUGAUGAGCUGA